AUGUCCCUUUCUUCAAGGUCCGUAGGCCAACACGGCCCCAAAGUCCCUGCCGUCGGUCUCGGCUUCGGUAGCCUCGCUGGAUUUUACGGCGCACCAGGUACACUCGACGAGCGACUGGCCUUGUUAGACCACGCACAUGCCACCGGACUGCGCUUCUGGGAUUUGGCCGACAUCUACGGCGACAGUGAGGAUGUUGUCGGGGAGUGGUUCAAGCGGUCGGGCAAGCGGGACGAUAUCUUUCUCGGCACCAAGUUCGGGCUUCAGCGUCAACCGGACGGGAAGCACGCCUUUCGGUCUGACCCCGAAUAUGUCAAGGAAGCCUGCGAGAAGAGCCUCCAGAGACUUGGCGUGGACAGCAUUGACCUCUACUACUGCCACCGGGUCGAUGGCGUCACCCCGAUCGAAAAGACCAUCGAAGCCAUGGUAGAACUGAAGAACCAAGGAAAGAUCCGGUAUAUCGGCCUGUCAGAGGUCUCGGUAGCCACGCUGCGGCGCGCCCAUGCCGUCCACCCCAUUGCUGCGCUGCAGAUGGAAUACAGCCUGUUCUGUCUGGACAUUGAAGAGUCGACCUCUGGGAUCUUGAAGACCUGCCGCGAGCUAGGCAUUACUGUCGUUGCGUUUAGCCCUAUUGGCCGUGGUGUCCUGACAGGCCAGUUCCAGUCCUACGCCGACAUCCCAGAGGGUGACUUGCGCCGGAUGUACCCCAAAUACGCAGAGACCAACUUUCCCAAGAUCAUGGAGUUGGUGCAGGGGUUGAAAAAGGUGGCCGAUGCACACGGGAGUACCCCGGCGCAGGUCGCUCUUGCGUGGCUGCUGGCGCAGGGAGAAGACAUCAUCCCCAUCCCGGGGACCAAGUCGACCGCCAGAAUGGACGAGAAUGCUGCCUCGGCGCAGAUUCGGCUGAGUGACCAGGAAGUGCAGGAGAUUCGGACACUCGCAGAGCAAACCAAAGUCGAAGGGACUCGGUACCCUGCUGCGGUUAUGGCGACUCUCUGUGAUGAUACGCCCCCAUUCAAUACCAGUUAA